CCCACCAUCAAAAAAGAACGGCAACAAAUUCUUUUCCUCUGUGAUAAUCAAGUUCACGGUCGCAAAUCACAUCAAGAAGAACGAUAACAGGUACUUGUUUUCUUAUGAUAUGUAUUACAAUUAUAGUUCUUCUUGAUGUAAUUGUUUUUUGUUUGGAUUGAUUGUUUUCUAGUUGAAUUGUAUGAUAGAUCGGUUAAUAUGAUCUAUAGAAUGUUCCUACACACAUAUAAUCUCAACCAGUUAGGGUUUAUUCGUUCGUUUUCUGUCACGAUUUGACUCGAAUGAUAUGAACACGAGGACGUUACAUGUUAAUCUGUACCAACAGCUUGAAUUAGGUUAUAUGUAGUUGCAGAUCACUAGAUAAGUUCUAGCACUGGAAUUUUGGAGUUAAAACCUAAUGUUAUUUGGUUAAUUGGCUCAAACGCAUUAUUUCAGUUUAUUAGGUUAUACUUUAAAAGAUAUUAGGUCAGAUAGAGAGUAAGUGAUAUGUUUCUGUUUUCACAAAUUUAUUUAAGCUAGGUGUGAAUAGAAACCUUUUCUCAUCAUGUUGGAUAUCACGGUCAGGUAAUGAAAUGGACAUCAUGCUUCUGAACCAGCUUCUAGAAAAUGAUAUAUGAAGUGCAAUCUUUUUAUUUUAAUCACUGCAAAUUACAUGCUUUUUUACUAUGCUUGUUUACUGUGCAUACAAAGUGACUAUUUGCAAAAUUGCUUAAACUAAUGUAAAUUAAUGGUAACUUGUAUUGUCUCCGGCUGAUUGCCGCAUACGAGUAUAGUUAAUUGUUGCAAAAUUGCUUUAACUUUUAAACACAUUGAUAUGAGUUGAUUAAUGGCAAUGAAUUAGUUGAUUAUGCAUAGGUUUCUUUCCUUAUAAUAUAUAUGGUUUCAGCUUAGAAAGUCAUAGGGUUUGAUAUCUCACUUUAGUGGCGAAGGUUGACGUUUUCGACGUGAGGGGGGGUUGAAAAUGUAUAUAUCCAAAAAUUUCUAUAGAACCGGGGGGGUCGAAAACGUAUAUACCUAAAAAUUUCUAUACAAAAGCUACAUAUAUCACUACUAAGCGAAAAGUUCGAGGGGUCGGGUGCUCCUGACCCUGUUAAGCUGCGCCCCUGUGCAUUAGUGAACAAUUUCAUAACCAGGUACUAUAUACUUUAUACGACUGUUCAAACAUAGGUUUGGUUUGAAUUUUAUUAUAUGCCUCUUGGUUGCCAUAUUCUACUUAAAUUGACAUGCCACUUGUGCCUACACAUGAGGAUGCUUUUAUAUUAUUAUUAUUGUUUAUCAUGUAUUGCACGUUAAUAUAUGUCAAAUUAGUAGUACUAAGUCUGAAUAGAUGUGAUUAGUAAGUUCCAAAGUAAUAUUGUCAUGCAUAUAUCAUGUAGUUCCCUCAGUUGGUAAAGUGGGUCGGUUGACUAACUGGUCACAUGGGUAAAGUUUUAUACAGGUCCAAAUGGAUUAGAAUUGUUAUUUUAAUAAUAUAGUCUGCUAGUUGCCCAUUAAUUUAAAAGGUUAUAUUUGAAUUUAUUUAAUUAUAUUAGACUUUGAUCAUAUUGAUUGAGGUUCGUUUGUUUAUGAUUUAUGCAAUUCUAUUUAUGUGUGUCAUUAAGCUAUAGUUAAUACUACCAUGGAUCCAAGCAACCCAAACAACACAAACAACCCGCCACAAACCCCGUGGACGCCACCCAUUGAUCCGAUGUGGGCGACUCCACAAUUUUCUUUUACAAGCUACAAUCAAGUUCCUAAUGCGUUCAACCAACUCCCUCAAACCCCGACUCCUAACGCGUUCACGCAACUCUCUCAAACCCCGAAUCCUAACGCGUUCACGCAACUUCCUCAAACCCCGCAACCUACUAGUUUAUUUCAACUUCAUCAAAUCCAAUUUCAACAACAAUAUCAGCAACAACUAAAAACGCUCCAACAAAGCCAAAGUCGGCCUAUUCAUACGAAAGUCCAAUCGCAACCGACACCCGAUACCCCUUCGUUAGACGAUUUGGAUGACAUUGCCGUUGUACCCGAAACCCAACCUCAAAGUUCUAAGAAAACAUCUACAAAAAAGCGUUCAACGAGGCCGGAACAAGAAAAUUUAACCACCGGAAGAGGUCAAACUUGGACAUCGAUCGAAGAGUUGGCGUUGGCAAGGGCGUGGACCAAUACGUCUACGUGUCCGAUCGUAGUUAAUAAUCAAAAGUCUGGCAGUUUUUGGAAGGAGGUUUGCAACAAAUUUCAUGCUUUGAUGCAAAAAGAACCGUACCGAGAAGUGAACUCAAUGAGCUCAAAGUAUCGAGAGAUGAAUAAGAAGAUAUCGGCGUUUUGUGGUUAUUACAACAACGCUCAUUCGAAUCGGCCAAGUGGGGCGAGUGAUGAAACGGUUUUUGCCAUAGCUAUGUCAAAAUACCAUACGAAAGAAGGUAGUGCGUUCACAUAUGUAGGGGCUUGGGAAAUCUUUAAAAAUUGUCCCAAGUGGGCGCCGGUUCCUAACGAGGUGGCAAGAGCAAAGAGGUGUAAGACAUUCGAGUCGAUAGAGCAUAGUGCCGGUGAUUCGGAUGUGCGUUACCAUAUUAAUAUUAAUGACGAACCCGAGUUUGACGAUGAAGUGACGGAGAUUCCGGAAUUGAAGCGCCCAAAUGGCAGAGACAAAGCAAAAAAGGAAGCAGCGGCCAAAAAUAAAGAGACGUCGACAAAAAAUGAAACUCCGGGUGAAACGAAUGUGGAUAAGUUGAUGAGCAAGUUCACCGAAUUUAACGAAAUACAAGCGGCGAGACUUAAGUUGAAAGAAAAAGAAAUGCAAGAAGCGGCCGAUCGUGAAGACUUUAAGCUAAUGGCAACAAACAUCGACUCGCUCCCGGAAAAAGAUAAAGAAGUGUUGCAAAAAAUGAAGGCGAAAAUUGCUCAAAAAUGGAGUCUUUAAAUUAUGUCGUUAUCAUUUUUUAUAUUUUCUAGUUUUCAUCUUUAAUUUACGUCGCAAACAUUUUUGGCAAUUUGGUCGGGUUAAC